UAAUAAAUAAUAAUUCAAAAAAUAGAUAAUCAAAAAUAUUAAAUAAAGACAAAUAAAUAAAUGAAAGCCUUAAUUACUUUAGCUCUCUUAUUAGCUGUUGCUUCAUGCUAAAUUUACAACAUGAACGUAGCUAACGAAUGCUCUCAACUUGGUUGUGCUAGAAGUUUCUGGAAUUUCAACAACACCAACUACAAUUACACCUGUCCCAGAGCUGGACCCAGCUACGGAAGAUUCAGAGGUGUCAAUGGAAGCUACGUUUUUGACUUCAUUGCCUAAAAUGUCACAAACAAUGCCGACGUCCAAGCUACCAUUCCUCUCUACUACAAUUAAAACGCUUACGUAAAUGGUCUCUAAUAUUACUAUCCUUUGUAAUAAAACCACACUUUCGCUAUCUUGAACUGCACCUUCCCCAUCUCCAAAAAUUACACAAAUCUCUGUUCCCAACACGCUUUAGUUGGUGGUAAGAUCUACAACAACACCUUCUAAAACGCUUGUGCUUUCGGUUUGGAUGCUCCUAGAUACUCCUUCUUACAAUAAGAAUUACAAGAAUCUAUGUUCUGA